UCGAGGUGGAGGUAUGUAGCGUCGGAUUCAGCGCGCCGAGCAGCAUGUAGCACCUGGAGCGCCGCGCACAUCGCCUCCCUGCCGCGCUGCUCCUCCGUCUUCUCAACCUCCCGGAGUGGUCAUUUCUAGGCUACUCUCGGGAAAAGCAUCGCCUGCACGAGGAUUUUUUUUUGGUUGGGGGUGGUGGGUGGGUAGGGGGAUUUAUUAUUUAUUUAUUUUAGAGGAGUGUUUGUGUGUGUGUUCACCCCCCGCCGGUCUGCACCUCUCGGUCGAUGGUCGUUGAGGAAGCUUCCAUCUUGAGUCCCGUGUCUACCGAGAGAACCAUGGCGAGCGACUCCCCUGCGCGGAGUCUGGACGAGAUAGACCUGUCUGCACUACGGGACCCAGCUGGUAUCUUUGAGCUGGUCGAACUGGUUGGAAAUGGCACCUAUGGGCAGGUCUACAAGGGUCGCCAUGUCAAAACAGGCCAACUCGCUGCCAUCAAGGUCAUGGACGUCACAGGAGAUGAGGAGGAGGAGAUUAAAGCAGAGAUUAACAUGUUAAAGAAGUACAGCCACCACAGGAACAUCGCCACCUACUAUGGAGCCUUCGUCAAGAAAAACCCUCCAGGGAUAGAUGAUCAGCUGUGGCUGGUGAUGGAGUUCUGCGGCGCCGGUUCGAUUACGGAUCUGAUCAAAAACACCAAAGGGAACACUCUGAAGGAGGAGUGGAUCGCCUACGUCUGCAGAGAGAUCCUCAGGGGUCUGACCCACCUCCACCAGCACAAGGUCAUCCACAGAGAUAUCAAGGGCCAGAAUGUGCUGCUGACGGAGAACGCAGAGGUUAAACUAGUGGACUUUGGUGUGAGCGCUCAGCUGGAUCGUACGGUGGGGCGGAGGAACACGUUCAUCGGGACGCCGUACUGGAUGGCCCCCGAGGUCAUCGCCUGUGACGAGAACCCCGACGCCACAUAUGACUUCAAGAGUGAUCUGUGGUCGCUCGGUAUCACAGCUAUAGAGAUGGCUGAGGGAGCGCCGCCUCUGUGUGACAUGCAUCCAAUGAGAGCGCUCUUCCUGAUCCCCCGAAAUCCUGCCCCCAGACUCAAGUCUAAGAAGUGGUCGAAGAAGUUCCAGUCCUUCAUCGACAGCUGUCUGGUGAAGAGCCACAGUCAGCGGCCGAGCACAGAGCAGCUGCUCAAGCACCCGUUCAUCAGGGACCUUCCCAAUGAGCGGCAGGUCCGCAUCCAGCUGAAGGACCACAUCGACCGCACCAAGAAGAGGAGGGGGGAGAGGGAUGAGACGGAGUACGAGUACAGCGGGAGCGAAGAGGAGGAUGAGGAGAGGGACGUCGGAGAGCCCAGUUCCAUCAUCAACAUCCCCGGGGAGUCCACCCUGAGGCGGGACUUCCUGCGCCUCCAGCUGGCCAAUAAGGAGCGGUCGGAGCUGAUCCGGCGCCAGCAGCUGGAGCAGCAGCAGAACGAGGAACACAAGCGCCAACUGCUGGCGGAGAGGCAGAAACGCAUCGAGGAGCAGAAAGCGCAGAGGCAACGGCUGGAGGAGCAACAGCGCCGGGAGCGAGAGAUGAGGAAGCAGCAGGAGCGAGAACAGAGGCGGAGGUACGAAGAGAUGGAGCAGCUCCGGCGAGAGGAGGAGAGGAGGCACGCCGAGAGAGAACAGGAGUAUAUCCGUAGACAGCUGGAGGAGGAACAGAGGCAGCUGGAGAUCCUGCAGCAGCAGCUCCUGCAGGAGCAGGCUUUACUGCUGGAGUACAAGAGGAAGCAGAUCGAGGAGCAGCGGCAGGCCGAGCGGCUGCAGAGGCAGCUGCAGCAGGAGCGAGCGUACCUGGUGUCGCUGCAGCAGCAGCAGGAGCCGCAGCGCCCCCCGCCGCCACCGGCGGCGGCGGCGCCACAGGACAAGAAGCAGCUGUACCACUACAAAGACCAGGCGCCCAGCACCAACGACAAGCCGGCCUGGGCCAAAGAGGUGAUGCGUCGAGCUCAGAGCAACUCUCCUCGCGUCCCUCCCAAGAAAUACCACUCCUUCAGGGAGACGAGCAACAGCAGCGACAUCCUGAGCAACCUGCUCUUACUGCCCGGUUACAAACCUCCGCGCCCGCGCCCCCCUUCCUACCCCGCCCACGUCAGCCCUACUCGGGAUCACCACCACUUGCCUCAAAUCCAGGUCACCUGCGUCCCAGAGACGCGCCAGCAGCAGCAGAGCCCCAGCAGGAGCCCCGAGAGGAGCUCCGACUCCAGGGGCCGGAGCCCCGGCCGCCGGGUGGAGGAGCAUUAUAAGAUGAACAGACAGACUUCUCCUGCCUUGCAGCACAAAGUCUCAAACCGGAUCUCGGACCCAUCGCUGCCCCCGCGCUCCGAGUCCUUCAGCAGCGGAGGCAUCCAGCAGGCCCGGACCCCGCCGAUGCACCGCCCCGUCGAACCUCAGAUGGCCCACCUGGUGCAGGUGAAGAGUCACGGCCUGUCAGGCUCCCAGUCUCUGUACGACCCCCACGGCGUGUCCUCCUCCUCCUCGGCAUCGCCCUCCCCCUCCCGGCCUCCCAUGCCCCGGCAGAACUCCGACCCCACCUCCGACACCCCCCCACCCCUGCCCCUGUCCCGCCUGGCGCCCCCCCUCGACAAGCUGGACCGCAGCUCCUGGCUGCGGCAGGACGACGACGUGCCCCCGAAGGUUCCUCAGAGGACCACCUCCAUCUCUCCCGCUUUGGUCAGGAAGCACUCUCCUGGAAAUGGACCGGGCCUGGGGCCUCGGGCUGGGGCUCACCUCAUACGGGCCAGCAACCCUGACCUGCGGAUCUCCAUGGAGACGCCCCUAAAGAGGACAAGCAGCGGCAGCUCCUCAAGCUCCAGCACCCCCAGCUCCAAGGGAGGCUCCAAUGAACGAGGUAAUUCGGCCGUUAAGACUGAAGGCUCGACACUGUCUUCCCACGAGACCAAAGAUGACGGCAGAGAGGUGACACGACCCAGCAGGCCUGCAAGCUAUAAGAAAGCUGUAGACGAGGACCUGACGGCUCUGGCCAAAGAGCUGCGGGAGCUGCGGCAGGGGGAGGAAACCAGCCGCCCGCCCGUCAAAGUGACGGACUACUCCUCGUCCAGCGAGGACUCCCACAGCAGCGAGGACGAGGAGGGAGAGGGCGGGGCUAACGACGGGACAGUGGCUGUCAGCGAUAUACCACGCAUUAUGCCGGCAGCGAGCCGAGGUACCAACCAGUCCUCGGGCAUGAUGGGAGGUCACGACGACGGCCACGAGGACUCGUUUGGGAACAGCUCCCAGGACAGCACCCUGAUGAUGCGUGAGUACGGGAUGGGCAGCAGCGGAGGCUCCAAGUCUUCCUUCACACCGUUCGUAGAUCCGAGGGUGUACGGGACCUCCCCGACUGACGACGACGAUAACAUCUCCGCCUCAGCGCUGUUUGCCGAUGAGCUGCUGAAGCACGAGCAGGAGCUGGAGCAGGCGAGGCUCAACGAGGCCCGCAAGAUCUCGGUGGUCAACGUCAACCCGACCAACAUCAGGCCGCACAGCGACACACCCGAGAUCCGCAAAUACAAGAAACGCUUCAACUCGGAGAUCCUGUGUGCGGCUCUCUGGGGGGUGAAUCUGCUGGUGGGGACGGAGAACGGCCUGAUGUUGCUGGAUCGAAGCGGUCAAGGCAAAGUUUACAACCUGAUCAAUCGGCGACGCUUCCAACAAAUGGAAGUCCUGGAGGGACUCAACGUCCUGGUCACCAUCUCAGGGAAGAAGAACAAGCUGCGUGUUUACUACCUGUCCUGGCUGAGGAACAGGAUAUUACACAACGACCCUGAAGUGGAAAAGAAACAGGGUUGGAUCACUGUUGGGGAGCUGGAGGGCUGCGUGCACUACAAAGUCGUGAAGUACGAGAGGAUUAAAUUUCUGGUGAUUGCUCUGAAGAACGCAGUGGAGAUCUACGCCUGGGCGCCUAAACCUUACCACAAGUUUAUGGCCUUCAAGUCGUUCACCGACCUGCAGCAUCGCCCCCAGCUGGUUGACCUGACUGUGGAGGAGGGACAGAGGUUAAAGGUCAUCUACGGCUCCAGCGUUGGCUUCCACGUCAUCGAUGUGGACUCUGGAAACCCCUACGACAUCUACAUCCCCUCACAUAUUCAGGGUCAGGUGACCCCGCACGCCAUCGUGGUUCUGCCCAAGACGGACGGCAUGGAGAUGCUGCUGUGCUACGAGGACGAAGGCGUCUACGUCAACACCUACGGACGCAUCACCAAAGACGUGGUGCUGCAGUGGGGCGAGAUGCCCACCUCCGUCGCCUACAUCCACUCCAACCAGAUCAUGGGCUGGGGAGAGAAGGCCAUUGAGAUCCGCUCCGUGGAGACGGGACACCUCGACGGAGUUUUCAUGCACAAGCGAGCUCAGCGACUGAAGUUCCUGUCGGAGAGGAACGACAAGGUUUUCUUCGCCUCGGUGCGUUCUGGAGGCAGCAGUCAAGUCUUCUUCAUGACCCUCAACAGAAGCUCCAUGAUGAACUGGUAACCUUUCCCCUUUUCGACCCACAAGCCUCCUCUUCUUCACUCUGAUCAUCGCCCGAAAUCAGGAGAGAGGGACGACAGGAGGACAGUGUGUGUAUGUGUGUGUGUGUGUGUAUACCAUAUAUGUGUGUGUGUGUUUGUGGAGGAAAUCAACGAGCUGCUGAACGGACGGUUGAGCGAGCGGAAGGAUGAGCACAGAUGGCGUCCGCGCCUGCUGAGGAAAGGU